GUCUUUCUCUCUCUCGCAAUGAAAUGUCGACCCUUGAGAACCUGUUCAUGCAGAUCUUUGAUCGGAGGACCUGGAUCGUCGAUCAUCAGCUCAAACCCCAUCGACAAUCCUACGACCAGUCCCUUGCGUCUCAUCUCCUAAUCAACGGCAUACACCCGCCUUCCUGGCUUUGGAACUCCACCACCCUUGGAUCCGAUGCCCAAAAAGCCGAUCCCAGGGAGUUGAAGAAAGAAGAGCUGAUUUCAGGCCUCCUAUUCCCACCACCGCGGCCACGUCCUGUUCCUUUAUCUACUGGUAACUGCACUAUUUACAGCAAGCACACUGUUAAGGGAGAUGAUCGGCGACUUUCUGACAGCUCAGCUGCAGAAACCUGUGGUUCAAAUAAAUGUUUUGACGCAGUGGACAGGUCAAUAGCAGUACCGAAGAGCUCACUUAGUGGCAAUGAGCUUGGCCACAAAUCUAUUGUAAACGAAGUUCCUAGGUUACCUCCUAUAUCCACUUCUCAAAUUCAGACGGAUGCAAGAACCUCUGAGAUUCAUUCCGAACCAGAUCCCAUGUCAACGAUUCUGAAGAGCUCACUCACUGAAAAUGUACUUGGGCAGAAUAUCCUAAAUGAAGUUCCGAUUCUCAAUCCUAUUUCUGCUUCUCCUCAAGUUGAGAUGGAAACUAAAAUUGCUGAUACUUCAGAUCAAUUGCUGCCGAAGAGCUCACUCAAUGAUAGUGAGUGUGGCCAGAAAUAUAUCCCAAAUGAUGUUCCUCAGCUAAAUCCUAUUCCAGCUUCUCCUCAAGCUCAGAUGGAUGCAAAAGCUUCUAAUACUUUCUUUCGACCAGAUCAGUCACUGCAGAGAUUCCAACGGUCCAGAUCAAGGCAGAAGGCUCUGGAGCUCCGAAGUAGUGUUAAAACAAAAACAAAACGGCGUUCCCUCAAGGAAAAUAUUGCCAAUGAAUAUACUGGUAGAGUUACAAGGUCCAGAACUUCUUGCUUGCAUUCUACUUCUGUCAUGGAGUCAUUGAAACCGAAGUGUUCCUCAGAAAUCACCAGUGAAAAUAAUUUGAGAAUUACGCAGCCUAGAUCCACUAGGCAACUUUGUUAUGCUGACAAAUCAUUGAAACCAGCAGAACAUUUAAACCAAGUCGGAGGGGAUGAACCCCAAAAGGAAGCAGGUGCUGACAUGGCUGCUCUAUCAGAGCAUGGAGUGAAGAAAGUUAUCCAGUCUGAUGAUGUCAAUGAUAUUCACCCACAAGCUUGCACUGUUGGAAUUGUAGUGACUGAGCUUGCUUCAGGUGCACCAGAGGCAUCCCCCUCUGUUUGUUCUGAGUUGAAGAUGGUGAGUGCUGACAGUGAAGUUGGUUUGGCAUUUAUUGUCUCGAGGCCUCCUACUGAUGCUGACACCUUUAUUGAGCCGAAGCAGCUUGUCUUUGAUGACAUAGAAGACUGCAGUUUGAUGCUGGCUGUUAGUCGUCCCUUGGAAGAAGAAAAGAAGGAGACUUCUUUGGAAAUGAGAGCUGUUAGCAAAUUGGUGCCUUGUCAAUCAUCAAACGAAGUUACCAAGACUAUGGAUUUCCAGGAAAUGAAUGGUAUUUCUGCAGAUGAUCUGGUGAAGGAUAAGGAACUAUUUCAGGCAGAUGAGCAGGCAGGUGAUCAGGUGCAGGAGAAGCAAGUACCACUGGCAGAUGAGCUUGUGUGGGAGAAAGAAGUUUUGCAGAAGAUAGAGUAUUUGAACAGAGACAAGGAAGCUGAAGAUGAUGUUUCCCAUUCCUCAUUUACUUGCAAGCAUUCAAAUUUAUCUAUUUUAUCAUCGAAGAACAGAAUGUCCAUCUUGAGUAAAAAGGUUUGUGUGGGUGCACUAGGUGAUACAUCCCCAGUAAGCAAUGGUAUGUCAAACCACCAGGCCAAAGUAGCUACCAAUGAUCUAUCUCCCUCUCAAGUGGAUGGAAGAAAAAGCCCAUUGAGAAGCCAGCUGCUGAGUGUCAUGGAUUCCAAUCUGCCUAAAGUAGCUAGUGAGUUGCUGCCUGCUCAAUCAUUAAAGGAAGUUACUGUAACAAUGGAUUUCCAGGAAAUGAAUUGUGUUUCUGUGGAUGAUUUGGUGCAGAAUAAGGAACUAUUGCAGGCAGAUGAGCUGAUUCUGGAGAAGGAAGUACCGCAGGCAAAUGGGCUCAUGCAGGAGAAGGAAGCUUUGCAGAGUAUAGAAAUUUUGAACAGAGAAAAGGAAGCUGGGAAGACUUUGAUUGAUGAAAGGCAAGGAGAGGAAAGUCUUGAACUGUUAGCGACAAAGGCAGAUGAACGUGAUGUUUCCCGUGCAUCAUUUACUUGCAAGCCUUUAAAAUUUUCUACUUCGUCAUUGAAGAACAGAAUGUUUAUCUCCAUUAAGAAUGUUUGUGGGGUUGCUCAAGGUGAUACAUCCCCAGUAAGUAAUGCAAUGUCAAACCACCAGACACAAAUAACUACCGAUGAUUUAUCUCCAUUGCAGGAGGAUGGUAGAGAAAACUCAUUGAGAAGCCAGCUGCUGAGUGCAGUGGAUUUCAAUCUGCCAGGAGUAGCACAAACAGCAAGUGUUGCUGAUCACAAACAUAUUGGUGAGCUGCAUGUUGAACCUACUGAGACAUUGCUAGAAGAUUGUGAAUUCAAAGCUGCUGCAAAUAACAGUCUGAUAAAAUCAACAAGCACAGAUUUAAGUGAUGGUACUGCUUUUCCUGUCUCUAGAAAACCUGACAUGUUUUUGGAAGCUCAAGACAGUGGGGUUUCCUUGGUUGCAACAGAUGCAGCAAAUGGGAGAAGUGUUCUCAGGCAGACAAUUACACCAAGGGGUGCUGAAAAUCAGAUGCAAGAAGCUACAUUUGUAACAGAUGCAGCAAGGAGAAGUGUUCUCAGGCAGACAAUUACACCAAAGGGUUCUCAAAUUCAGAGGCAAGAAGCUACGUACUUCCUAAGGAGCUCUACUAGUUACAGUAAGAAACCUCAUUCUUCAAAAUCAAAUGGACCUCAUGCUGUCAGGAAGUCCGGAGGAAUGGCAAAAUCUGCAUGUAAUGCAUGUCAAUCUUCAUGGCCUAUGCAUAAGAGGAGAAAGACUGAGUGGCAAUCAGAUAACAUAUUCAAUACUUCUCCAAGGAUAAGAAGAGUUAUACCACUUCUGCAGGGGCAUAAGAACUGUCUCAGUAAACAAUCAAAAAGUUCAGAAGAUGCUUCGGAGGUUAUCCUGGAGUGUCAGCAUUUCCCUGUAUCUCAUGAAGUGGAAGUUGAACAAUCAAAUGUAAUCACUGAGAGCCAUGGGGCAGAGGAGCAUCGGAAUAAGAAACGUCGUAUCACAAAGGAAACCAGAACAUUUCCGAAGCUGCAAUUACCAUUCUCUAUAUUACGAGACUAUGAGGGUGAUACUGAGAUGAAAGGGAAAGAUCAAAGUGGAAUCAUGGCAUCUAAAGAGACCCAUGUUGAGGCUUCCCUUGACAUUAGUGUGAGAAGUCGAGCAGAUGAAGAUUCGCCGUGUUGCUUAAAGGAUGCAGGGGAAACAGCAGAACCUGCUACUGUUCUCGAUGCCAAAAGACAGCGCACUUCAAAUGAUGCUCUAGAUUUUCUGUGUUUUGAUGGUAGGCUUAGAGGGGAAGGCCUGAAAAUGUCUGAUUCAACCAAAAUGUCUGAUUCAACUGUGGAAGGGAUCAAAUCCACCCUUGGAGAGCAUGGUUUGUCUUCAUCUUAUUCAGUUAGCUCAUAUUUUGGAGAUCUAGAUUUACUUGCUGCUGACAAAACCAUUCCAGAGUUUGAGGGGUUCAAUGGUGGUAUGCUAAGACAGGAAGGGCCAAACAUGUCUGAUUCUCCUGAAGGAACCAUGGAAGAGAUCAAAUCCACCCUUGGAGAGCUUGGUUUGUCUUCAUCCUUUUCAGCAAGGUCCUCGUAUCUUGAAGAUCUAGAUUUGCUUGGUGUUGACAAAACCAUGCCAGAGUCUGAGGGGUUUAGUGUUAGUGUGCCUCCUGAGAAUAGACCACCCUCAGUUGUUUGUGAAGGAUUUAACUUUUAUGAUCAAUAUUUUUCAAGCAUAACAAAAGAACACGUUAGGGCUCUUGAGCAGCUGUGCAGAUCUACUUGUAUGCUUACCCCAAUGUCUGAUCCUUCAACAAUGUAUCAAAUGCACACAAUGCCAGAUGUCUGCCAAUCUUUACCUAAUGGGCUUUUGGAGCACAAAGAUUUGAGGAAAGCUCGUCUGUUCAAUUUGGGUCAUGUUAAGCAACCUAAUGGCAGUGAAGAUGGUAAGCUUAUUGAUGGUUAUUGCAGCGUUGGAACAGAAAGAGACGGUUCUUUGCUGGGAAGAUCUUAUUUUGAUUGCAUGCCCUCUUCUAGUGCUCAAUAUGGGUGCGAUGCUACUAGACCUCCUUAUAGCCCCCCUCUUGGGAAACUUUGCUGGAGUACUAGUUCGGAGAAACAUGUCAAUCGAAAUCCAGAACUUACUUGUUUCCGGAUUGAUGAAGAUACUUCCAUUAAUCAAGAAAAUAUGCAUCUAGAUGAGGUGGUGAAUCAAUUCCAGAAAGGAAGCAACUCAAGGAAAGAAAAUAUUCCAAAUAAGAGAGAAGCGCUUGCUGUUGUGAGCUCAAAAUAUCACAACUCACCGAAAUUGGAUUCUGCUGCUGGGAAUUUUUUUGACAGGGGAAGUCUAGAUUCCAUGAACAUGGAACUCAACUCUCUCGGGGCACAAAAGGGUGGCAGGACAAACCUUGAAAAUGGAUAUGAAAACGGUAGAAAAUAUAAGAAUGAGGAUAAGGAGAACCGAAGUCCUUCACUAGUUGGAAAUGAUGCAGGAAAGGCCACUGAACAUCAUCAGAACAGGUUCAGUAGACCAAAAUUAUCAAGGAAAGCAAGCGAGAAGAAGGGAAGCCAAACUUUCUCAGAGAACAGGUGCAAGCCUAUGAACAUUGUUUCUAACAUUUCAUCGUUCAUCCCACUUGUUCAGCAAAAACAACAAACAGCGGCAGCUUUGACAGGGAAGAGAGACAUUAAAGUGAAAGCCCUGGAGGCUGCCGAGGCUGCAAAACGUCUUGAAGAGAAAAGAGAAAAUGAGCGUAAAAUGCGGAAAGAAGCUGCUAAGCUUGAGAGAGAGAAGCAGGAAAUUGUUAAACAAUUGGAGCUGAAGAAGAAAGAGGAGGAAAAGAAGAAAAAAGAAGUAGUUAUGGCAGCAAGGAAGAGGGAGAGGGAAGAAGAAGAAAGGAAGGAGAAAGAAAGAAAAAGGAAGUGUAUCGAAGAUGUGCGGAAGCAGCAGAAAGAGCGAGAGGAGAAAGUACGGGCCGAGAAAGAGGAGAAAGAGCAGCGUCGAAAAGCUGCUGAUGAGGAGCGUAAGAGGAAAGAAUUAACAGAAGAGGCAAGAAAGCAGCAGAAAAGAGAAAAAGGAAGGGAAGGAGCCGGGUCUACAAUAAGGAUGGAAUCUGAAGCAAGGCCUGCCAAUGCCAUGAUGGGAAAUGCCAUAAAAGGAAGCAGUAGUCAAGAAGAUCGUAAGGCUUUUAACGAGCCUAAUCAUAUUGAAAAGGUGGUCAACACAUCAGAUAAUUUACACAAGGCAACUGAAGAUGGCAUCUCGUUCAUUGAAGGAAUCAAGGUACUGGAGUCAUAUGUAAUUUCUCCAUAUCAAGGUUCAGACAAUGAAGAAGAAGAAGAGGACGAUAACAAUGACAUAUCUGAGAAGAAAUGUAUCCCUUUGUGGGCCAGGGGAAAAUGCGUGGCUCAAAGUCUAUUCUCCAUUAAACAUAUAGAUCCAACUGGAAUUUUUCUUCGCGAAAGAUGUUCCAGAUUAAGUGAAGUUCUUUUACCUCGGAAGCAAAAGCCAUCAUAGGUGGUGAUUUUGAUGCACAUAGCAGGAUGGUGUAAUGCUUGCAUGAUGGCCAAGGUUGGACAGAAGAACACGGUAAAAGCUUUGUGGGGUAUGCCUAUUGUGCAAAAAGGUAUUUUCUUUGCUCCAUGGGUUUUAGUUGGGAGGUAUUAUAGGGUCCUACAAAUUAGUAAAUGUACAAUUUUCUGACAUUUGAUCCCAUUCAUGCCGGCAAGGAAGACAUUUAUCCCAAUGUUUUAAAUAUCAACGAUAUCAGCCGAUAUAUCCCACGAUAUAUUUCGUAUCUCACCUGUGUGAUACGAAACACACAGGUAGUGCUGAUAUAUCCCACAUGUUCGAUCCAGUGAGCAUUUUCAAUUUCUGACCCCCCCCCCCCCCUUUUGUUGAUAUCAUGUUAAAUGAGUAUUAAAUGGUUACAAAUCCAUUGGUUCUU